AUCGAGUUUAAGAUACCAAGGAGCUCAUAUGAUUGAUAUUAGAUCUUUUCAGUGGAAAAAGAAGCUUCUUCUUGAUGUUGACAUGAGAAACUCAGAUGGAAGUCGCUAUCUCAAGGUACCAGCGGCAGUGGACCCACAGACACACGGGGGCCCGACCUCCACUGUUUGUCAGGGCCCUUCCGCCGAAUCCAUCACCGGCCACCGCGCAUUCAUCCGCCAAAGCUUAAUCCCACUCGCUCACUCUCCCUUCCCUUAUCCUCCUUAUCUUGACUCCGUACAUGCAAGGCUGCCUUUACGAAGCUGCCCAACAACAACAACAAUAACAACACUGCCUCUAAACUAAUCGACUGUUUUGGCAUCACCGUUCACCGUCCGUCCGAGGGUUCACCCGUGACCAUAAGCCAACAUGGCGAACUCCCCUCUUGUUGCGCGUCCGACCGAUGCGCUCCAGCCAUCGAAAUCCCUUCCGACAUCCAGCGGCGGCACCCCAAGCGGAGGACUGCCACGCUCGGCCCGGGGCCAGCAGAUCGCCCAGCAGGUCGCCGCCCAAGCCCGUCCGACUAUGGAUCUGAUGGAGCAGAUGAACGAAGAUGAGAAGAACAAAUACAUCAAGGGUAAGAAACUCGGCGAGGGUACCUACGCCAACGUCUACCUCGGCCACUCCCGCCUCGACUCCUCAAUAAAAGUCGCCAUCAAAAAAAUCAAAGUCCAAAAAGAAUACCAAGACGGCAUCGCCCCCGACGCCAUCCGCGAGAUGAAGUACCUGCAAAAGCUCCGGGGCCACGCCAACAUCAUCAUCCUACAUUCCGUCUUCUCGUCCAAGGACCAGAACCUCAACCUAGUCCUUGAAUACCUUCCGCUAGGCGACCUCGAGAUGCUGAUCCGCGACGUCGACCACGUCCGCUACGGCGCCGCCGACAUCAAAGCGUGGAUGGGCAUGCUGACGCGCGCCGUCUGGUGGUGUCACGACAACUACGUGCUGCACCGCGAUAUCAAGCCGAACAACCUGCUGAUCGCCGCCGACGGCGAAGUCAAACUAGCGGAUUUUGGUCUAGCCCGGAGCUUUGCGGACCCGGGGGUGCGGAUGACGGCGAACGUGAUCACCAGAUGGUACCGUCCCCCGGAGCUUUUGUUUGGCGCGCGGCACUACUCGGGUGCCGUGGACGUCUGGUCGGUGGGUCUGGUUUUCGCCGAGCUCAUCAUCCGCGCGCCCUACCUGCCUGGCAACUCGGAGGUUGAACAGAUCGCCCUGAUCUGCAGGGAAAUCGGCACGCCGACGGAGGAGAACUGGCCGGGCGUGACGCAGCUGAAGGAGUACACGGUUCCCAGCGACGUGGUGCCCGUGGCGGGUAAAGAAAAAUACAUGGGCCGGUUCGGCGCGGUCGGGUCGGACGGCGUCGAUCUGCUGGCCAAGACGCUGAUUUUGGAUCCGAGGAGGCGGAUCACGGCCAGGGAGAUGCUGGAACAUAGGUGGUGGAAGGCAGAUCCGAAGCCGACGCCUAAGCAUGACUUGCCCAAGAAGACGGCGGGGGCGGAGGAGAAGCUGGCGGCGGAUUUGAAGAGACGGAAUGGCAUGGUGGAGGAUGAUGAUGUGCGCGGCUCCAAGGUCGCUAGGAAAUUGGACUUUGGUGCCGCCAGGUGAGGAAGCUAGGUAUGGGUGAUGGUUAUUAUGAUCGAAACAAAGCAUCUUCUGGGAAUGCAUUAUAUACUUAUGAACGGAUACAUACACUGGGUUGGAAAGGAGGUUACAGUAUGCACGGCAUUGACACUAUAGAGCGAGAGAAAGGCGUUUGGGCGCAUAACACAGAAUAACAAUAGAGAUCAUAUCAGUUUUAAUCCACACUUUAGGA